AUGCAGCAACUGUGGCAAGUGAAGGAAAAAAAGAAGCAGGAGAGAAUCAUCAAAGGAAGAGCUCUUGUUGAUGUUGUCUUCUCAUGGUCUGUUCGUGAUGUCCUAAACUCAAAUCUUUACAAAGGAAAGGUUGAUAGGAUUCCUGAAACAUUCUCAUCAAGCAGGGAGUAUUUUAAUUCAUUUGUUAAUCCGAUUAUAGAAGAGACACAUGCUGCUUUGUUGUCAAGUAUGGAGACUCUGAGACGAGCACCAGCUUUCAAAUUUUGGGAAAUCAAGCCAGCCAAAGAUUUUAAACCUCCUAAUAAUCUUUACUAUGAGGUUACUCUGCAGACGAUGCCUGAUAAUAUGACCAAUGGAGAUCGGAAACUGUUGGAGUUCAAUGAUCUCAUUGCAGUGACUGAGAAGAAACCUAUUAGAAUCGAUGACUUGAGAUGUUCAAAUGAGCCUUACUUGCUGGCUCUUGUUUGUGGAGUGAACGAAGAUAAUCCACAUUUGAUAACUAUAAUGGCUUCGAAACCCAUCGAAGAUAACAUGGAAAGAACAAAGAAAGGAAAGGGUGUGAAGAAAAGCCUGAGCCUCUUUGGUGUUUACUUAAUCAACAUGAUGACCAAUAUUCGUAUUUGGACAGCAUUGCAUCCAGACCCAGAAGGAGGAAACAUAAAGCUUAUCUCUAAAGUACUUCAAAUCAACAAUGAGGUUGGUGAUGAAACUUGUGCUUCCUGCCAAGAAACCGGUGAGAGUGUGGCGUCACGUCACUUAGAGCGAACAAUACGUUCAUUCAAACUGAACUCAUCUCAGGAAAAUGCAAUUUUGCGAUGUCUAGAAGCUAAAGAUUGCUACCAUCGCAACAAUAUCAAACUCAUAUGGGGACCACCAGGCACAGGGAAGACAAAGACAACAAGUGUUCUGCUUCUGAACCUCCUGAAAAUGAGAUGUAGGACAGUGACUUGCGCUCCAACAAACAUUGCUGUUUUGGAAGUUGCUUCGAGGGUUGUGAGUUUAUUAGUCUCUGAGUCAUUGAGGUUUGGUGAUAUUGUUUUAUUUGGUAAUAAGGAAAGGAUGAAGAUAGAUGAACGAGAGGAGGAUCUUUGCGAUGUUUUUCUUGAUUACCGAGUGAAUGAGCUUUAUCAUUGCCUUCAAGCUGAGACUGGAUGGAGAGCCAAUGUAAACCAUAUGAUCUCUUUGCUCAGUGAUCCAAAAGACGUGUAUCACAAGUCAUUCAUCGACAAGAAGAAGCGUCCCUCGUUUAAGCAGUUUGUAGAAGCGCGGUUUACAAAACUCAGAACCGACCUGCAGUUUCAGUUCUCCACUUUGUGUCGGCAUUUACCAACUAAGGCGCUUUCUUUUAAAGUGGCUGAGAAGAUAAAUCAGACAGAUCAUCUCCUUCGAUACAUGAACAUUUCAGAUGUGGUGUUAUAUGGUAAUAAAAGAUUGAAAGAUGAUUGCGUGGAAGAAAAGCAUAAAAGAAAGCAAGAUUGUGUGAAGAUGCUAAGAUCCAUUUGUGAAAGUAUUGAGCUUCCUGAUUUUAUAGGAAAGUUUGGACUCAAAAAGCUUUGCUUAGACAAUGCAUAUCUGCUCUUCUGCACAGCAUCAAGCUCUGCCAAGCUACACAUGAGCACUCCAAUACAGCUUCUUGUCGUCGAUGAAGCUGCUCAGUUAAAAGAAUGUGAAUCAGCCAUUUCUUUGCAGCUUCCAGGACUUCAACAUGCUGUUUUGAUCGGCGACGAGAAGCAGUUGCCUGCAAUGGUACAAAGCAAGAUUGCUUCGGAGGCUGAUCUUGGGAGGAGUCUGUUUGAAAGAUUGGUUUUCUUGGGACAAAAGAAACAGUUGCUGGACAUGCAAUACAGGAUGCAUCCUUGUAUUAGUAUUUUCCCAAACAGAGAGUUUUAUGGUAUGAAGAUUUUGGAUGCUCCUUCUGUGAGAGUGAGAAGUUAUGAGAAAAAGUUUCUUCCUGAGAAAAUGUAUGCACCUUACUCUUUUAUCAACAUUGCACGUGGAAGAGAAAAAUUUGGAGAUGGGCACAGUCUGAUUAACCUUGUGGAAGUCUCUGUUGUGUCUGAGAUUGUCUCAAAGCUUUACUCAGUAUCAAGAAAGGCGCGGAGACCGAUCAGUGUUGGUGUGAUUUCACCUUACAAGGCUCAAGUGUUUGCAGUUCAAGAAAAGAUAGGCCAAAAGUACAAUACUAGUGAGCAAUUCACAGUGAGUGUUAGAUCUGUAGAUGGGUUUCAAGGCGGUGAAGAAGAUAUUAUCAUAAUUUCCACUGUUAGGUCUAAUGGUAAAGGAGCAAUUGGUUUCUUAUCUAACGAGCAAAGAACCAAUGUAGCACUCACACGGGCAAGAUAUUGCUUAUGGAUUCUCGGAAACGAGGCGACUUUAACGAACAAUAAAUCAGUGUGGAGGCAGUUAGUAAAUGAUGCAAAAGCAAGAGACUGUUUCCAUGAUGCCGAAGAAGAUGUAUCAUUAGCUCAGUGUAUUGAAAGAUCAACAACAGCGGUUAAUGAUCUUGUUAAGCUUCAAAACAAGAAGCUUAUUUCCUUUGAAAAUUCUAUAUGGAAGGUUUGGCUUAGCAACGAGUUCUUAAAAUCUCUGGAGACUAUAACUGACUCUGAUUUUAACAAAAAACUUAUGAGUUGUUUGGAGAAGUUAUCAAAUGGAGAAUUUCAACAAGAUUCAGCGAUUGAGAGUGGGAAUCUUUUUAGACAACAAGAGGUAGAUGAGGAUUUUAGUCUCAUUUGGGCAAUAGACAUCAUCAAGAAAGAGAAUCACCAUGUCCAAGUUAUAAAGAUCUGGCAUGUUAUGCAAUCUUCUGAUAUUUCCUGUGCUGGAAAUUUUCUUGAGAAACAUUACAAGAAAUACACAAAAGUCAAGAUAGAAAGGUGCAGAUACAUAUGCUCUCAAAGAAAUUUAGUUGUGCCGAUGAGAUGGCCAGUGAAGUCUAGCUCGAGAAAUGACACUAUACGGGAUGUAUCAAGAUCGUUUGCGUUGUUGAGUGUUGUAGAGGAAACGGAGGCUCCCGAACCAAUCAAAAAACAAUCGAAGCUGAAGAAGGUAUGGAAGAUUAGAAGGAAGGUUCAACUCCAAAGAUCUUGAGACGGUUCCUUUCUUAAUGAAGAAGUUCCAAGCAGACUGUUUGUUUUCUUUCUAACGUUUUAAUUAAAGUUAGAUUGCACCUUUUGCAUCUUAGUAAGUUAAGCAAAUCUCACUUUUUUUUCUGCACUAUCUUUA